AUGUGGAAGCCCGGCAGUGACCGGCCAAAGCAAGAGACGCACAACGCCAGCAGCAGCAAGGAACCUUCUGCUACUUCAAAGAACGACAGCAUGCCAGUGCAUAGAGCAACGAAGACGCCGGCCAAGUUUGUGCUUUCGCAGAAGACACUGGCCAUGAAGUUUAUGCAGCGUAAGAAAAAGACCGAAGCGCAGCGUAUCGAAGCGGUGCAGGAACAGCAUAUACAGGAUACGUGGGUAGCCGUGACCAACGACGAUGGCCAGAGUCCUGACGACGGCUCCAGGAUCAUCUGCACGCGAGACGUGCCAGACCCGUCCUUGCCGCUGCUGUUCGGCCGUCGCUCCUUCAACGCCUUUAACAAGGGUGUUGAGGAUGAGCUGAAGGAAGCAGCGAGAGCGCUGCGCUUCAAAGCGUCGGAGGAGACGGAGCUCCGGGAAGAGAUCUCGGCCGAGGAGAUGACAGCUCGCAUGCUCAAGUACACGGGACUGGGGCGUCGCUGUGGCAAAGACAACAGCGGCGGCCGACGUCCUAGCAGCAGCAGCAAGCGUCAGCGGAAAUAG